CCACUCGUCCUGAGUUGUGCAUGGAUUCUUCAGAAGCUGCCACGUGUCAUGUGCCUUGAGCAGGGGAUUGAUUAAUUGAUCGACUAAGUGGCUACUUGGCUGAUUGAUUGCUUGAUUUGAGUUGAUUGAUUGAUUGAUUGAUUGAUGAUUGAUUGAUUGGCUGACUGAUUGAUCGUUUGGAUUGAUUGAUUGAUUGAUUGAUUGGUUGGUCGACUGAUUGAUUGAUUGACUGACUGCUUGCUUGCUUGCUGGAUUGAUUGCUUGAUUGCUUGAUUGAUUGGAGUGAUUGGACUAUCGGAUUAGAUAAAACUGUACUAGAUUAUUAGAUGAGAUUAAGAUCAGUUUUAGAUUAUACUUAAGAAGUUAAGAGUGAGACGAGAGUUACAGAUUAAACUACCGUCUUCACCCGAAUAGAACGCCCGGUCAUUAUAGCUGUAUUUGGCACAACUUUCGGUCCAGAUGCAGUGAUAAUGACUUGGCAUUCUAUUCGGGUGAAGACAGUAGGACUAUUAGACGGCUUUGUGGGAAAAAGGUUGGAUUGGAUCGAGUCGCUGUAACCGUUGAGUCCUGACUGUUGGAUUGCAGAACGUCGAUUGAGUCCUGACUGUUGGAUUGCAGAACGUCGAAUCCUUGUCCCAUAUUUAAGCUCUUGGUUGGGAUUAGAUUGUAUUGAAUUCAUUAAGGUGUCGUCCGAACCUUGAUUGGAAUUGCAUCCAAGUGCAAGAUUUAAACCUUUGGAGAGUCUGAACCUUGAUUGGAGUUGCAUGCAAGUAUAAUCUCAACCUGGUGGAUUGAUUUUUUCAAGUAGGAGGAUCUGGAUUGAGGUCUACUACAUUCCGGACCUUCUUGCCGGGUCUCCGCAUGAGCCGUCAAGUUGAACCGACCUCCUUUUAAAGACCACGACGACGACGACGACGACGAAGAAGAAGAAGAAGAAGAAGAAGAAGAAGAAGAAGAAGAAGAAGAAGAAGAAGAAGAGGAAGAAGAAGAACACAGGAACAGCAGCAAUUACACCUUUCUCUCAUAUACAAGGAGAGGAGUGAAAAAUGCCGCAGUGUCUGUAUGAAGUUCUUGAAAUACCAAGGACUGCAACAGCAGACGACAUCAAGAAUGCAUAUCGCCGGCUAGCGUUGCAGUGGCAUCCGGACAAGAAUCAGAAUCGGCUUGAAGAGGCGAAUGUUCGAUUCAAGGAGAUCCAAAAUGCGUACGAUGUAUUGAGGGAUAAGCAGGAGAGGGCGUGGUACGACAGUCACCGAGAAGCGAUUGUACGAGGCGGCGACAAUUACUAUGGAUCGGAGUCAGGUGUGUCGGGUUACAAAUCUUCGAAGCCGGAAAAUGAGAUCAACCUUUGGCCGUACUUCUCUUCGUCCGCGUAUUCGGGCUAUGGCAGUACUGGGAAAGGGUUUUAUUCCGUUUACGAAGAGGUGUUCAAGCACCUCCAUCGCCAAGAGCAAGAAUCUGCCGCCUUCCAAGGGUUACGCAUACCGGAUCCCCCGCCGCUUGGGCGACAGGACAGUCCGUACGCUGAGGUCUCCGCGUUCUACAACUACUGGUUAAGCUUCGCGACAUGCCGCGACUUCGCGUGGUGCGACGAGUACGUCGUUGCCUCUGCUCCAAAUCGCAAGUAUCGCCGUCUCAUGGAGGAGGAGAACAAAAAGCUGAGGAAGAAAGAGAAGAAAGAAUUCAACGAGACAGUGCGUGCACUCGCGGCGUUUGUCAAAAAGCGCGACAAACGUGUGCUGGAGCGUCAGUUAGAGCAGAGGCGAAUCCGGGCGGAGAAGGAGGAAGAGGAGAAGCGGAGAAGGCAGGAAAUGAUGAAGGAGAGAUGGGAAAAAGCGCAGAGUUACGAAGAGCCGGAAUGGGCCAGAGUUAACGAGGACGACCAGGAGGAGUUUGACGGAGAUGAGGAUGAUGGGAUUGCUGAUCCGAAUUCAGGGAGCUACGACUGGGCACGCAGUGGCACAGCCGCCACAGCGGCUUCCGGACGAGUCGGUGGCGGCGGAGAGACGGAGACGUCAAAGGCGACCACAGCCGGGGCGAACGUGCACAACGAGCUGUUCUGCAUCGUGUGCAGCAAACGCUUCAAGUCGGAGAAACAGUGGCAAAACCACGAGAAGUCUCGGAAACAUCUAGAGAGGGUGUCGGAGCUGAAGGCGGUCUUGCUCGAGGAAGAAGAGGCCACCGAGCAGGCAACAACAUCCUCCUCCCCCGCUGAAGAAGCUCUUCCUAGCAGUCGCACGGCUGCUGCACGACUAGCUGCUGAGAGCAGCAGCGCCGACCCAGCUCUUCCCAAAGAGGAAGAUGAGAAAGGAGAAGAGAGUGCAUCUGAGGAGGAGGUGGCCGCUGAAGCGAAUGAGCGUUGCAGUCACCGCGGGAACAUUCCGCCACGGAGUGCAAGUCAAAGUCAAACUUCUGAUGUCAGCGAUCAGCAAAGCAAGGAAGCGGAUGGCCGUGACGCUGACGAUAAUGCUACGGGUGCUGCUGACAAUAAUGGUGAUAAUGGUGGAGGCAGUGACGAUGAUGAUGCAUGUGGCGCUGACGGGGCAACCGUACGAGGAGGAGGAGGAGGAGGAGGAGGAGGAGGAGGAGGAGGAGGAGGAGGUAGUAGGAAAGGGGGAGAAACAAUCUCUUCAUCUGCAUCACACUCGAAGAUACACGGUAAUAUCAAUGCCGGCGGUCGAGGUGGUGAGCAGCAGAAGCAGCAGGAGGAAGACGACGAGGAUGACGAGGAGGAGGAGGUAGGUGGAGAAAGCGAGCUGAAGAAGUCUGACAAGACCGGGUCGCAUUUUGAACAGGAAGAGGAGGAGGAAGGGAAGGAGGAGGAGGAAGAAGAAGAAGAAGAAGAAGAAGAAGAAGAAGAUCAUGAUGAAGAUGCUGUGCUUGAGCGGAUGCUAAGGUCCUCGUCACAACGGAGUAGCGAAAAGAAGGCGUCCACUCCUCUCUCCCGUAAUCAAGAAGAAGAUGAUGAAGAUGAAGAGACUGAAGGGAGGGAGGAGGAGGAAGACGAAGGGGAUCAUGACGAAGAUGCUGUCCUCGAGUGGAUGCUAAGGUCCUCGUCGCAACGGAGUAGCCAAAAAAAAGCGUCCACUCGCUUUGGCCAUGAUCGGGAAGAAGCUCAUGAAGACGAAGAGACUGCGGAGACGGAGGAGAAGGCAGGUAGUGCGGAAAGGGAACCGGGGAACUCGGAGGCUGUGACCGAAAAGGAAGAUGCAAAUCCGGUGGCAACGGAAGUUCAGGAGGGUAACGAGCAAAGAGAAGAGAGAGAGGAGGCAAAGAAGGAGGAGGGGGAGGGGGAGGAGAUUGGGAGUAGGAGUCAGGGUAAGAAGGCGAAGAAGGGAAGAAGGGCUGUGAAAGAAAAGGGAGGCGGGGUAGGGAAGGCUGUUUCUGACGCUGCGGAGACGGAUAGACGUAGCACGCCCGGGGUCGAGGCAGCACCAAGUAGGACAGAGGAAGGUCAGGAGGCUGGCAAAGAAGCAAGCCAGGCAGAAGGGACUAACAGAGGAAUAGAGAAUGGGAAAGAGGGCAUUGUUGAAAAUGCCAAAACGGAUGGAGCAGACGUUCAGAAGUCCAGCCGGAAGGAGAAGAAGCAAAAGAAAAAGGAUGUCGGUAUUUCGGCGGGUGGCGGCGGAAUGGGCGGCAACAAAGUUCUUUCUGACGGCAUGGCACUGCAACAACUUCUUCAGCAGCAGCAGCAGCUACUGCUACAGAAGGGGGUUGGGGGAAAGAAGGGAGCCAAGGCCAAGAAGGCAAGGAAAGAGGUAGUGGAAGCAGUGAUUGGAAGACUCUGUGCCACAUGUGGUCAAGUGUUCGAUUCCAGAAACCAACUUUUCCAGCACAUUACCAAGAGCGGUCAUGCCGCUCCUAAAGGUUAACCUCUCACAGAGAAGGAUGACCCUUUUUUUUUACAAAAAAAGGUUGACGUCUCACAAAAAGGAAGAUCAAGCUUUUACGUAAAAGCUAGAGUUUUCGGGGGAAAAAAAAGUUGGGAGUUUUCGGAAAAAAGGUCGACGUCUUAGAAAAAGGAAGAUCAAGCUUUUAUGAAGAAGAUAGAGUUUUUUUGGAAAAAGAAGGAUGGGGGAGUUUUUAUGAGGGAAGCAGCUGACUGCAGCACAGAGAGGAGAAGAGGAACACAACAGGAGAGGAGCAAAGGGGAGGCAAGAAAGUGAGAGAUAUAGGAGAUUAGACAGGGGUGGGGGAGGAGGUAAGAGGUCAUUGCAACAGAGAGGGGAGAACAAAGGAGGAAAUGGAACAAGAGGGGGAAUGAACGGUGAAGAUAGGGAAGAAAGAGGGCACACGAUGCGAAAAGAGCCAGAGGAGAGAAGAGGAGAAGACAAUUGCUACAUGUGAGGCAGAAGAAAGAGGGCACAGGAGGCGAAUGGAGAAGAGGAGAGAAGAGGAGAGAAGAGGAGAGAAGACGAUGGCUACAUGUGGGGCAGGAGGGGCGAGGAAGUGAGAGAAGAAGAGAGGAAGUAAGAGGGAACAGGAGGCGAAUAGCGAAGAGGAGAGAAGAGGAGAGAAGAGGAGAGAAGAGGAGAAGGCAGUGGCUACAUGUCAUGCAAAGAGCUCAUUGAUAGCUGUGAUGGGAUGCAAACCUGCGUGCAGAGGAGAGAAGAAGUGAGGUAAGCAAAACAGAAAGGAGAGAGGGGUGAGAAGAGCGAGAAGGUGAUUCCAAGAGGAAGAAGAGGACGGGAGAACUACAGGGCAGAGGAGAGAAGAGAGAGAAGAGAGAGAAGAGGAGAGAAGAUGGAGAGCAGAGGGGAGAAAGAAAGAGGAGAGAGAAAAGGAGAAGGGAAGAGGAGAGAGAAAGAGAAAACGAGAACGCAGAGAAGAGGAGGAAAGAGAGAGAAAAUAGAAGAUGGAGAGAAGAGUGGAGAAGUGAAGAGAAGAGAGAAAAGUAGAAGGCAACUUAUAGGACGGAGGCGGGGAGUGGAGGAUCAUGGCGAAGAGGAGAGAAGAGGAGAGAAGCGGGAAAGGCAAUGUAUUCAUGUGUUGCAAAAUAGUGAAUUUUUUAAUGAUAUCGCAACCUGUGAGCAGCAUGAGAAGAGACAAAAAUAGUACAGAGGCGAGGAACGGAAGGGAGAGGAGACAGGAGAGAAUAGCGAGACGGAGAGGAGAGAGGAGAGAAUAGCGAGACGACGAGUGACUGACUUGGGAAUCUAAGUAGA